GUAAAAAACGCACCCAAAAUCAGAACAGCGAAACAGCGUGGCACGGCCGCGAUUUCGGAGCAUUUUGGGCGGCCGCGAAAGCGGCCGCCUUUUCGCCGGUUUUAGAGCCUGGGAAGCUUUGCAAAAAGCGCCGGCGUGAAAAAUAAAAACGCGAAAAAUAAAAAGCGCCCCAGACGCGCAAAGCCAAUCCGCAUGCUAUGGGCCCGGUUUUUCUUCGCUUUUUGAGCGCCCCCCGUGGCACCCGGAUCGGCCCCAUAGCGUCGGGGCUGGCUUUCGGAGAGGAAUUUUGGAAGUGUGCCAAAAUUUGUGACGUUUCCCAGGUGGCCGCAAUACCGUGCGGCAUAACGUUAAUCACGGCGGUAUGGCGAGCCCAGAAGAAGCAAAGCCGCGGCCAAGGCGGCGGUCGGCAAAAAAACGCCCACGACCUCACUACCCCCGCCCCGGCGGCUAUAUUUGGUAAGGAAAAAUCCCUCCUCCCCAUACUGAAAAGGUAUGUUUGCGAAAAUUUGUGUUGCUGAUUCGAGGUCACAAACCACAUUUGUCUUGCAAGAAGACAAGGGCAGCAGCUUCCGCCCUAUUAUGGAAGCGAUUUGUCAUGCUCUGGGGCCUAAAGGGGAGCCGUUUGCCAUGCUGAGCAACUAGACCCAUAGGCCCCUACCUAGCCUGGGGAUCUGGCCGCAGUGCCUCUCUGCAGUACAAAGCUGAUAGAUUCGUGUACAGAAAUACAGCAUCAGAAAUUCCGUUUUGAUAUGGGGAGGGGGGAUCUUUCCUUUCGAUAGGGGAGUGCCGUGGUUCCGCACGGCGAUCCCCGGUUGUUCGGGAACUUGGUUUUUAACUGGCUGCAGCUCUCCGUCUAUGACAGUGCACAAAUCCCCCUCGGCCUCAUUUCUCAUGCAAAAUCGCAACUCCAAUUGUUCCCUUGUUGCUAUCUAUUAUAUUCAUGCGAAAAUAUUGCUCUAGAGAGGGUAAACGAGAGGUGGCAAAAAGAGGUCAAAGGAGGUAAAAAAGAGGUCGACAGAGGUGGAGAGGUGGCGCGGGAGGUAAUUCGAGAGGGUGGCCGAGAGGGGGCGCGAGUAUAGCCCGCCGAACCGGUCGCCCUUUAGGGCCGCUAAGCGGCACGGAGGUGGCCGAGAGGUAAAAAAGAGGGCAAGCGAGAGGUGGACAGAGGUGCCGAGAGGUUGCGCGAAUAAGGGGAGACCUCUCGCGCACCCUCUGUCUGGGCCACCUCUCGGCCACCUUUGUAGACCUCUACCGGCGAGUAUAGCCGGACUAUUAGCAACACCUCCCGGAAGAGGUGAAAAAGAGGGUCCGCGAGAGGGGUAAAAAAACCUGAAUCCGCCCAGCACAGGGCUGAUUUUUUUGCGGCCCUUUCAUGCAAAAGCCCGAACCCUCUCGCGCACCCUCUCGCGCACCCUCUCGCGCACCCUCUCCCUCUCGCGCCACCCUCCCGCGCCACCCUCUCGCGCCACCCUCUCGCGCCACCCUCCCGCGCGACCCUCUCGCGCCACCCUCCCGCGCCACCCUCUCGCGCCGGGCGGCUUCUGUUCGCCCCCGGUGUUCUUUGCAGCUGCUCCCUGCGCAGAGCGCCCGAAGGCGCGGGAGGCGCGCAAGUGGUCCUGCGGGUUGGCGUGGCGUAACCAGGCGGCAGGACUCCAGUAUGUUUCUUUGUGCGCAGGCCCGUGGUGUUGUGGUCCGAUCAGCAAACGGCCUUGCCCCGGCCCAACAGCCUUGCGCUCCGGCGGCAGCCGGAGCAUGGCUGGUAUCACUAUUAUGCAUGACAAAUUUGGGAAGCCCACACUAACAGGACUAUACAUUAGGUACAUAGAUUUGUCAUGCAUAGGCUCCAUUUGCGCUGGUGUUUGUAUUGCUCUUCAUGCCAUACAAAUGAGGAGGAGGGAGAGUUGUGCAUUUUUAUACCGUCAACGCGGUGUUUCGCGACGACAUUCUGUUCCAAACACUGGAGCCGGACCAGCAAAGUACCGCCGGGCAACUGAUGACCAACCGCACUUCGGUGGACGCGUUUGACUAUGAACUGCAAAAGUAUCGCACUCGUAUAAAUGCAUUACAAAUUUUCUCAGCAUGAGACUUGUAGUGCGGAUUUAGCUAUGACAAAAAAAGAUUUGUAAUGCAUGACUGCAAUACGAGUACGAUACUUUUGCACAGCAUAUUGACCGCGUGAUCACGGCUUCUCGGGUGUUUUUCCGACACACCGUGGCGGUGGUCCGGCCGGGCAAGUACGCUGUGGCGGCGAAUAAGGAAAUUUACGACUUUGUCGACAACGAGACCCGGUUGCAGCCCAACGUGCGUGCGUCGACCAAGUUCUACCAGUUCUUCGACCAAACCUGGCAUAUUGACGAGGAGCUGAAAGCCAACUACGCGUUUGCAAUUCUUGGCGUCUUUCUGAUCACGUUUUUGCUCAUUCCAAAUUGGAUUGGAACGCUGUUGCUUUGCGCGGUCGUGUGCAUGGUGGAUGUCGAUUUGACGGGUAUAAUCAAUAACGAGUACAUCAACACACAUGCGUACGGUGCGGAGUGUUUUUUGAAAAGAUAAAGAUUAGAAAAGUUGUGAACUAAGACUACGACGAGGUCAACAUCCUGUAGAAUCUUAGUAUGACGUUGUUGCACGACUAUGCAGGUAGCAGGUGUCGCUCGUGGUCGUGCUCACAUUAGAGUUGUCCACCAGAUUGCUUGCGUUCGCUCGCUGUGCGAUGCGAACUCCAGCAACUGUUUACGAGCUGGACUUUUGCUUCAUGCGGUUUAAUAUUGCAUGUAUUCGUGACCACCUAUACAAGAAGUCUGCUACUCGGAUGAGUAGAUAGCUCAUAGUUUGUUCUACUAGCUAAAAAUCCCUCCCCACAUCAUCAUCAGGCUCGAUCUGGCUCUGGGGACUAGACCUGAACUCGAUCAGUGUGGUAAAUCUGGUGAUGGCGAUUGGCCUGGUCGUUGACUAUUCCGCGCACAUUGUCCACGCGUUUUUCUACGAGUAUCAACUGCAAAUAUCGAAGAUCUGGGUCAGGAACAAGGCAGGGUGCGCUUGUUUGUCAUCCAUCUUUGUCUUUCGGACGAUGACGCAAAUAGUAAUGCACGCAAAAGCAUCAUUUACAGAUACAGGCUUUAAUACACAGCCGCAGGCCUUUUUUUGCUUAUCAAGUAUGAAGAUGAACUCCUUUUGUGCGUACUAGCAAGAAAUUGGCAGCUUGUCCUCGUGAUAUGUGCAUUCCACCAAGCUGGAACUUUUCCAGACCCAGAUCGAUAUUAUUUGCAGUGCAUAGCGAGAACACCGACACCACGACGGAUGCCAACUCUCGCAUGCAGCACGCCGUCGUGGACAUGCUUCCGAAUGUGUUGAAGGGCGGUUCGACGACGUUUCUCGGCGUUAUAACCCGCUCAGCUGUUACAAUCUCAAACGUUGCAAUAGAAUAUGGAAAUCUGUGAUGCAAGAUUGCAUGAUCUAGCCAAGUCUCAUAGGAUUGCGCAUGACAAGUUCCGGAGCCCUAAACCUCACGACACUCUGGCGAAAUUUGUAUUGCAAAAGUGGGAACGCUGUGCGAGCCUGUCAUGCUCAUCGUGCCACACAAAUUCCAGAUUCUAUUGUAACGUUUGAGAUUGUAACGCUUGAGCAAGUCAUAGGCGUGUCUGUAUUCAUCUUUGCCUCUUCGUUUAUUUUCCGGGUCUUCUAUUGAAAGGAAAAAUCUCCCCUCCCCAUAUUGAAAAGGUAUGUCUGCUCCGGAAAUUUGUGUUGCUGAUUUGAGGUCACAAAUCGCAUUUGUCUUGCAAGAAGACAAGGACAGAAGCUUCCGCCAUAUUAUGGAAGCCAUUUGGCAUGCCGUUGGGCCUAAAGGGGGGCCGUUCGCCAUGCUGAGAAACUAGACCCAUAAGCCCCCAGCUAGCCUGGGGAUCUGGCCGCAAUGCCUUUCUGCAACACAAAUCUGAUUUGUGUACGCAAAUCCAGCAUCAGAAGUUUCGUUUUGAUAUGGGGAGGGGGGAUUUUUCCUUUUGAUAUCUUCUUCCGCAUGUUCGUUGGCAUCGUCGGGUUGGGAUUGCUGCACGGGUUAGUUUUGGUUUAUGGCGUUCUAUAAAUGUUACAUUCUCAACUGUUGCAUGAAUUUGUGAUGCAAAAACAGCAAGAGUGAAAGGGGGAAGAUUGCGCCUCUUGCAAUACAGGUCUGGCACGGAUCUAGAUGCUGUCUAGCCCGUCGAAAAUUUGUCAUGCGAAGCAGCUUGAUGGUGUAGAUGCUGAUGAGAAUUUGCAUGACAAAUUAUGCAACAGUUGAGAAUGUAACGUUUGAGAACGCCAUACGGUUCCCGUCCUGCUCACUUUUGUCCCCGUCUCUUCGGCAGGGGGGGCGGGAAAGGAAACCUGUAAACUGGGGCCGGCGGAAGAAAAAAUCGUGUCAGAAUCGGGCACGGGGGCGACUAGUAGAAAGAGUAGCCGGGAAAAGGAUCCUAUGGGUCAGGAAAAAACUCUGUUUAGCUGCUAUAAAACUUACACUCUGGUGCCCUUCGGACAUAGCAUUUUUACAUACAAAUCUGCCUGGCAUGCUGAAACGGAUAAGUAUCUUCCGGCAUGACAACGCUAAGAGCUGUCUUGCAUCGUCUCCUGCAACACAAAGUCACAAACAAUGUUUCACACAGUUUUUUUCUGUUGAUAGAUCAGGUGUAUCAGGUGGGAGAUAUUCCAAGUGAACCGCCGACGGGAACGACGUAUCAAAUGAGAAAAGUGUAAAGUUCGUCACUGGGUCGCUCAUGGACAUGGGCCGCAACAUUUUUGCCAUACAAGAAUGUCGGCCAUGCGUAAAAGUGCAUCAAAGUUGAAUUUCAUAAAGGGAUGAAAAAACUUGUCAUGAUGCGAAACCUGCAACAACUGACACUGAGGCGAGUCGAGUGACUCCAGCUGCAAACUUUUACUUUUUGCGCUUCACACGGCGCGAGCCAGUGGCAGUGGGGAAAAUACUAUGGACAUAAAAGUGCAUGACGCUGGGGUGACUUCGAGUGGCCGCGGUGCCGGGGCGAGCUUUUAGGGGGUCGUGGUGAAGCUACCUUACAACUUACCUUGUUGACGUAGACAUUUUUGAUUUUAUUUAAUUCGGGCGACGUCUGUACUACAGCAGAGUGUAAAUUUGUUUCUACAGUUACAGAGAUGAGAACCGCCUAGCCGGGGCGUGAAAACUAGAACUUAAAACUAAGCUGAAUUAUUCAUCACACAACUAGUCUAGUGAUCACUGCUAGCUACCACAGUACAGUAAAACGCUGACCGAAAAAAAACAACGUUUCUGCCUUGCUUUGCUAGAGUUUGAUUCCAGUGAGACCGAGACGAUCAACAUGAUGAGCAAAUCGACAAACGUUGUGCUGGCCUCGUGGUUUUCUUGUGUAAAAGUUGUAAAUUUCGACGCAACUACGGUGACGAGGACGCCAACUGCGGCAGCCUUUGCUUUUCUUGCAGCUAAUUGUAGUAAUUAUGAUCUUCUCCAUGGAGAUUCACUACACUAACACCGCCGCAGCCUUGUUGUUUUCCUUUUCCUCGCAUAUCAUUCUCGCACUACAAGUAGGACAUCAUGAUCAUAUCAAUUAUCUGGUUCUGGUAGUAUAAAGUAGUGGUGAUGGCACUUUGGCAUAGAUAGAAGCUCCUGCACGAAAGUUCUUGUCGUGACGUUGGAUGGUCGAUUCAUCGUAGAAGGAUAGCAGCAUUGGCAUUGCACAGAAAGAAAAAAAAAUCAUCUUGUUGCCGGGACCAAUUAUUAAAGAAUAUUUCCUUCAUCUGACGGUGACACAAUGUGGCGUUUUGUUCCUGCGCUUUGGCAUGACAGAAAAAAGAGAAUGAAUUAUUAAAACCUCAUCGGUGAACAGAACUACUCGUGCCGUGCACACAAAUCUAAAUGCUGACAUGAUAGUACAGC